AUGUCUUCCAAGCAGCAAGCCGGUUCCAAGUUCCGCGUCACCCUGGCUCUGCCUGUUGGCGCCGUCAUGAACUGCGCCGACAACAGCGGUGCCCGCAACCUCUACGUUAUUGCCGUUAAGGGCGCUGGUGCUCGUCUCAACCGUCUCCCCGCCGCCGCCGUUGGCGAUAUGGUCAUGGCCACCGUCAAGAAGGGUAAGCCCGAGCUCCGUAAGAAGGUCAUGCCUGCCGUUGUCCUCCGUCAGUCCAAGCCCUGGCGCCGGAAGGACGGUGUUUUCCUCUACUUUGAGGACAACGCUGGCGUCAUUGUCAACCCCAAGGGUGAGAUGAAGGGUUCUGCUAUUACCGGCCCCGUCGCCAAGGAGUGCGCCGAUCUCUGGCCCCGUAUUGCCUCCAACGCCGGUGUCGUCGUUUAA